AUGUUGUGGCUUCAGAUCUUUGCUGUGAUAGUGUUCGCACUGUACUUCUUUGUGCUUCGGCCUCGACGUGGUGGCAAAGAUGCUCCUCCUCUGGUGUUGGAAUCUCCCGUGUUUCCCAUCCCCGUCAUUGGUGUCAUUAUGGAAUUCUUCAAGAGUCCCAAUACCAUGGUCAAGCGAUGCUACCGAGACUAUGGACCUGUGUUUACCAUUCCUAUUUUCACAGAGCGCCUGACCUUUUUGAUGGGACCUGAAGCUCAGUCAGUCUUUUUCAAGUCCAACGAUGAUCAGUUGACACAACAAGGAGUCUAUGAUUUUAUGAAACCCGUCUUUGGACCCGAAGUGGUCUACGAUGCUCCCAAAAAGAAGCGACAAGUACAAUUCCAAUCCAUGGCCAAUGGUCUCCGCGCCACUCGUCUCAAGGGAUAUGUCGCAAAAAUUGAAGAAGAAACCCGUCGCUAUCUCCGUCAAGAAUGGGGAGAUGAACCAGGUCAACUCGAUUUGCUCAAGUCGCUCUCGGAACUCACCAUUCUUACCGCAUCCCGUUGUUUGCACGGAGAAGAUGUCCGCAAAUCACUCUUUAAAGAAGUCGAAGCACUCUACAAGGAUCUGGAUCACGGACUCUUGCCUUACACUCCGUUUUGGCCCGAUGCACCCACACCGGCUCAUCGACGACGCAACUGGGCCCGCAAGGAAAUGGUCGCUCUGUUUAGUAAAGUCAUCAAGGAGCGAAGAGAAAAUCCCUCCAAUUCCGAUGGAACUGACAUUUUGUCCUUGUUUAUGGAAACCAAAUACAAGGAUGGAACUCCCGUCACGGACGAACAAAUGACCGGACUCAUGAUUGCACUCUUGUUUGCUGGACAACACACGUCCUGUCUCUCGUCGACGUGGACAUCGCUAUUCAUGGCAGACGAUCCCACCAUGGUUGACCGGAUGAUCAAGGAACAGGAACAAGUACUCGAUGGGGAUAUGAGCAAACCACUCGACUACGAAACGGUCGGGCGGAUGGAAUUUUUGCAAAAUUGCAUGACGGAAGCCUUGCGCAUGUGUCCUACAUUCAUCAUGCUCAUUCGAAAAGCACUCGUCAAUCUUCCCGUGACUGUCACUCGAGGAGGAGAAAAAGCAACCUACGUGAUUCCUAUCGGUGAUCAAGUCGUCGUUUCCCCCACUGCUUCGAUGCGCAUGAAGGAAACCUUUCCCAAUCCCGAUACGUUUGAUCCGGAUCGGUAUGCUCCCGGACGGGAAGAACACAAGAUUCCCUAUGCAUAUUUGGGAUUUGGUGGUGGUCUGCACUCGUGCAUGGGACAAAACUUUGCCUACAUGCAAGUCAAGACGGUAUUGAGUAUCUUGUUUCGAGAGUACGAAAUUGAACGUGUCGCUCCCACCGACUUUCCGUCAUGUGCCUACGAAGACAUGGUCGUGGGACCCAAGGAACAGUGCAUCAUCAAGUACAAGAAACGUGUCUAUAAGGAUGCCUAG